CAGCAGAAAUUCCUGAAACGGUCAUUAGAUGACACCGAAAAUGUUACAGAUAAUUAUGAGCCGCCACAUAAGCUGUCGCACACGAGUAGUGAGAAUUUGAAAUUUUCCGUGGAAAUUGUGCAGCAAUUGGAGUUUACGACGUCAGCGGCCAAUUCACAGCCACAACAAAUCAGUACCAAUGUUACGGUGAAAGCAUUGACAAAUGCAUCGGUGAAGAGUGAUGGUAGUCAACAUGGUAAUAAUAAUGGCGGUGGUGGCGGAGGCGGUGGUGUCAUUCUUCAUAAUCAUGUGAAUAACCAGCACGACGGAAACUGUGUGCCAACCGUAAAUGGUCAACAUGCCGUACCGUCGCCCGUUUCACAAACCAACAACGAUUUAGCCAAUAAUUUGAUUGAAUGUAAACAAGAGCCGGACUCCGAUUUUGCCGAUUUGGAACAGUGUGCGGCCGCAUUGGAAAAGGAUGCAGCGGCCAAUGGCCAUUUUCCCGGCUUUCCCGAUCUCAUUGGCGAUGACACCAUCGACGAUAGCGACACAUUCAAAGACAUUAUCUCUGAUCUCACCGAUAUCAAUAAUUCCGAUUUUCUUAAAAUGGACAUCAAAACGGAGGACUGUAAGCCCGAUCAACUCGGAUUGGACAGUUUCAAUGUAAAACCAACGAAUAAUUCGCAUGCACAGUUCGCACAACAGCAACAGCAGCAACAACAACAACAACAACAACAACAACAACAACAGCAGCAACAGCAACAGCUACAUCAACGUGGUGGUUACAAUACAUGUAACGUGCCGAAUAAUUCAAUGUGCGAACUAUCACCGGCCCAAACACUUAAGCAAAUGGCUGAACAGCAUCAACAGCACAAGAUUAUGGGAAUGCCAUUCGUUCGAUCACCGAUGGCCAAUAAUCAAAAUGCACCACAAGUGAAUCCCAAUCGUAAUAAUAUUGUGAAUUCGGGACCAUUUGGCAAUGAUUUUAGUCAAUUCAAUAGUUCCGAUUUUAUAAACAAUUCAACGGGCGGCAAUGCACAAUUCGAAUUAGCUGCCAAACAAGAGAUGAUGUUUUCGCAACAGCAAACACUUCAUAUGCCGCCACAAAUGCAAACGAAACUCAAUCCGAAUGCAUUCAAUAAACAACAACAAUUCCCAUACGGUUCACCAAAUUCAAUAGCGCCAAACUUUAUGGGUCGUAAUCCAGCACAGUCACAACAUACGGCAAAUAAUUUACCACCUCGUCCGCCACCAAAUGCAGGCAAACCAAAUGUGAACAACGGUGCCGGCAAUUGCAAUCCGAUGCCAAACAAUCAGUCAACUACCACAUUACAAAUGAAACAAACGCAACAACUGCAUAUCAAUCAACAUGGUCCAAAUUCACCGGGCAUCCAUGUUUCAGCUGGUCAACAUUUACAUUUAAGUGGUGAUAUGAAAAAUAAUGUGUCAGUAGCCGCUCAGCAAGGCAUCUUCUUCAAUCAACAGCAUGCAAAUAAAGGUCAACCGCCACAAAAUAUGAACGCUGGUCCCGGAUGCAAUACAAAUCCAAGCAAUAUGAACAACAAUCAACAGCCUCACGUACAGCAACCAAAUAAUAAUCCUCAAAAUGCAGGCAACGAUUCGUAUUCCGUUUCACAAACGCAAACAAUCAAUUUCACACAACAAACACUUCGCCAAAGACAAGCGCCACAGCAAACGAAUCAACAAGCGCCACCGUCUCAAUCGCAACAACAUUCACAAAUGGGCAUGCAAAUGAAUAUGGGCGCCCAGAAUCCAGUCAAUUUACCUCAAGCGAUGGCACAAAACAAUGUGAAUGCGAGCGGUAAUCCCAUACAAAAUAUGACAGCCAUGAGUAAUCCAAUGGGAAUGAAUAUGAAUGCGCAUGGUUCCAUGCUUUCUACGUCAGCAGUCAUGCAGCAACAACAGCAACAUCAACAGCAGCAACAACAACAUCAACAACGGCAACAGCAACAGCACAUGAUGCGAGCGCAAGCGAUGCAAAUGGGCAACAGACCUCCACCACCUGAAUACAAAGGAAUGUUACCGAAUCAAAUGAUGCAUCAAGCGGGCCGUGGCUUUCCAAACAAUGCGGCCGCAGUUGCUGCAGCGGCGAAUAUGCGACGGAUGAACCAACAACAACAACAACAACAACAACAACAACAACAACACAUGCCGAAUACUGGUGCUAUGAUGCGGCCACAACAUCAAAUGUUCAUGCAACAACAGCAUGGGAACCAACAACAUGCGAACCAGCAACAACAGCAACAACGUAUGCCAACGCAAUUUGGUCACAUGAAUCAACAACGACAACAACCAAAUGUUCAUCCCGUGCCCGAUAAAAUGGCAAUGAAUCCCGAUUGGCGUCAUACAGCCAUCAUGUCACAACAGCAAAGCAUUAACUUUAACGACAACGGAAAUAGUUUAGAAUUUUUAGAAAAUUUACCCGUGGGAGAUGCAAGCAACUAUACUGCACAAGACUUACUUAGUUCACUUGACAAUGAAAAUUUCAAUUUCAACGACAUCCUCCAUUGAACUGACUCUCGGAUGGGGUGAAUUCCGUGGAAGUGUGGGCGUUGAAAAUUGAAUUUUUUUUUAUAUUUUGUAAAUUAUUUGAGAAAAUUCCUAAUUUUUAGUAUGAAAGAUAAAAAAAAAAACAACAACAAUGAAACAAACACACAACAGAACAAAACAAUCUUUAUUUCGAAGAAUAUAUAUAUAAUAAAUUACUAUUUGCUAUAUGUUAUUAUCAU